AUGGACUCCCCAAUUGUGGCGCAAAUCUUCCGCCAGCUCUUCCACCAUCGACCUCCAGGCUGCAAAGGCGUCAGAAACCUCGCCGGUCUUCGCAAUGGCCUUCGAACCACCACUAUCGUCAGCCAUCAGAGCCGCUUCUACGUGGCGGGACGACCCUCUAGUGACCGCGGAAUGAAGAAAAACGAGAGUAGAUGGCAGCAGCGCACGAACAUCCUGCCCCAGGACCGAUCUACCGAGUUUGCAGAGUACCCUUACAUAUCGAUUGACGAGCUCAAGCAACGAACCGAACGACCACGAAAGGUCAAGAUGCUGCUGAGAGACUUUAUUGACGGCAUGACACUCGAUCUUUACAAUCCCUCAUAUGGAUACUUCUCCAAACAAGCCGUCAUCUUCAGCCCGGGCGAGCCAUUCGACUUCAACUCAAUGCGAGAUGAGAUUGAGUUCCAGGCCGAGCUAGGCCGUCGAUACACCGAAUUCGAGGAUAUUCUUGAUGAGCGAGAAGGAGAGAACCCAACACGCCAGCUAUGGCAUACGCCUACCGAGCUCUUUCGCCCAUACUACGGCGAAGCAAUCGCCCGCUAUCUCGUCACAAACUAUCGUCUCACCACAUACCCCUACCACGAUCUUCUGAUCUACGAAAUGGGCGCGGGUCGUGGAACGCUCAUGCUCAACAUCCUGGACUACAUCCGAGAAGUCGACCCUCAAGUGUACGCUCGCACAAAGUUCAACAUCAUCGAGAUUUCCUCCACACUCGCUGCGCUGCAAAACAGACAUCUUCUCUCCACAGCUGCGUCUCGAGGCCAUGCGGAUAAGGUCGAGAUUAUCAACCGCUCCAUCUUCGACUGGGACCAAUACGUGCCGUCGCCUUGUUUCUUUCUCGCCAUGGAGGUCUUCGAUAACUUCUCCCACGAUGGUAUUCGCUACGACGUUGCUACUGAGCAGCCCCUGCAAGGCCACGUGCUAAUCGAUGGUGACGGCGACUUUUACGAAUUCUACUCUCAGGAGUUGGACCCUCUUGCUGCGCGAUACUUCCGUGUCAGACACGCCGCCACAGGGGGAAACUAUCCUAAACCGUACCCCAGCAAUGCCGUUCUACGAUAUCUAUCCACCAAGAUUCCGUUUGCUGCCAACCUCUCAGAUCCAGAAUUUAUCCCCACACGGCUGAUGCAGUUCUUUGACGUUCUUGAGAAGUACUUCCCAGGCCACCGUCUUGUAACAUCUGACUUUGACUGGCUCCCUCAAGCUGUCAAGGGUAUGAAUGCACCUGUUGUUCAGACACGGUACCACAGAAAGAUGGUGCCCGUCACAACCCCCUUGGUUCAUCAAGGAUACUUCGAUAUUCUUUUCCCAACAGAUUUCCGCGUCACAGAGGCCAUCUACCGCGCCAUCACGGGCAAGUUGACUCGUGUUAUGUCGCAUGGUGAUUUCAUGCGCAAGUGGGCAUAUGUUGAGGACACCGAAACUCGAAGCGGCGAGAACCCCUUGAUAUCAAAUUAUCGCAACGCCAGCGUUCUUGUAACUGUAUGA